UGGCUCACAGCGCUGGGGGUCCCAAAGUUCGAACACAGUCCUUGGAGAAGAUGAAGAAGGGCCGCGCAGCGAAGCAAUGUAAGAUGAGGAUGGCGCAGGGUUGCAGCGUGGCGACCUUGCUGAACUGCGCCGACAACAGCGGAGCCAAGAAUCUCUACAUCAUCGCUGUCAUCGGCAUCGGCGGACGCUUGAACAAGCUCCCAAACUGCUCCCCGGGCGACCUGGUGCUUUGCAGUGUGAAGAAGGGAAAGCCUGAGUUGAGGAAGAAGGUGCUCAAGGGUGUGGUGAUCCGACAGAAGAAGGCCUGGAGGAGGCGUGAAGGUGUCUUCGUCUACUUCGAGGACAAUGCGGGCGUCAUCGUGAACGACAAGGGGGAGAUGAAAGGUUCUGCCAUCCAGGGCCCGGUGGCGAAGGAGUGCGCGGAGCUCUGGCCGAAGAUCGCCUCCUGCGCUCCAGCCAUUUGCUGAGCGGUCGACCAGCGCUGAUUGCGGAGAAGAGAUUGCUGGAAUUGGGGGACAUGAGUUUUAGGUCAAAGUAGGAGACCCCCCCAAAAUCUUAUAUGAGC